UAAUUAACGCAAUAAAAACCUUCAAAACUCCGCAGAAAAAAAUCGCAAAAAUUAUCAAAGUUUUUUGGUGAAAAGUGCAAAAUCGAGAAAUGUAAAAAAAGAGAAAUUCUUUCAAUGUUUACACUUUUUCUUCUCAUCGACGUACGAAUAAAAAACAGAAGAAGACAAGAAUAGCAAAAAAAUAAUAAAAACACAUCAGAAAAAAAAUCUAUUUUAAAAGUGCGAAUAAAAAAAAACAAGAAGAACGAUGACGUUGUACUCCUGGAUCAGAAAACGUGAAGCGGGGUUUCGACCUCAAAUUGGGGGCUACGACACGAUUUACAGAACUUUGUAUAACGCAGUGUUACCUUUCGAAAAAGAAGGUUCCCCAAAUCCGCAGCAAAUUAAAACGUUCGAACGCAGCGAAUUCGGAGGUGUUUUCAACUUGGAAUUCAACGAUGGCUCAAUUAUGGUAGCAGCGUGUGAAAAAAAGGCAAUCCAACUUUUCGAUCCAAUCACAACCGAACGUAUUCAUACCAUCAGAAAUGCUCAUGACGAUUGUGUCAAUUGUGCAAAAUUUCUCGACAAUCGAAUGUUCGCAACGUGCUCCGAUGACUCAACCGUCGCUCUAUGGGAUACGAGAAAUCUCAAACAGAAAAUCCGUUGUUUGCAAGGUCACUCGAAUUGGGUAAAAAACAUCGAGUACUCACAACAAGACUGUCUCCUCGUCACAUCGGGCUUCGAUGGAAGCAUUUUCACGUGGGAUAUAAAUUCGUAUACCGAAAGCGGGUUAAUUUAUCAAAAAGUUUUCCAUACGCCGGGUCUCAUGCGAUGUCGAUUGUCGCGUGACGCUACAAAACUCGCAAUUUGCACGACAAGCGGGUAUCUCAUAAUUAUCCAUGACUUGGAUUUGUUCACAUUGGCCAAAGAUUUGAAUGGCUUCAAGCCAAACGUUUAUCGUCUCAUGCAGUUGCGACGACAAUUCAUUCCGAAUGCCGCGAAAUUCGACUAUGCUUUCUCCAAGAAGCAAAAGAGGAAUCGCGUUGAGCUUGUUAGUGACUUUCCGCAGGGAAACGAUGCUGAAGUUGUUAGUUCGUUGCAUAUUCAUCCGCAAGGUUGGUGUGCGCUGACACGAAAUAUCAGCUACGAUGAAAGUACAGAAUGGACCUGCGUUCACGACAUUCAAGAUUUGCCUUCUACUGAAAAUGAGACGAACGAAGAAGACGAUCGCCGCGAAAUUUUGCCUGUUGAACUUCCGAAUCCCUUAUUAGAAGAUCUUCGACGAACGCCUCCGCCUCAAAGACCCGCCGCCAACAUUGUCGACGAUUUCCCAAACGAAUCUCAGCAACAAUCACGUCGAAGCAACGUUCCUCGUGUAAUUGUCGAACCUCCGGCGCCCUCGUCAACGAACGAUGCUCAACAAUCGAACAACAAUCAACAAUCCAGUAUUAAUAGCAAUAACAACAUCUCGCGACGACGUCGAAGAAGCGAAGAUGACGAAGAAGAAAAUGACGUCGAGGAUUUAGGGCAAGUCGAAGAUACGAGAAGCACGAAUAACGCAGGCAACAAUGCUUAUUUGGAUAUUUGGGCAGCUGCGAUUUCCAUUCAACAUCGGACUUUGCGAAAUUCCAGCAACGGUACGUUCAAUUCGGCUCAUGUUUAUGGCAUUAAUAGUGGCAUUAUUACUUCAAAAUUAGCACGAAAGAUCCCACAAUUGCCGAUUGCGCAAAAUAAACCGCGUCUCAUGUACUACAUUGAAGAGCCGAGCAAAGGCAAGGGCUUUAUCAAAGAGCUGUGUUUCUCCUCAGAUGGUCGCAUAAUUUGUAGUCCCUAUGAUCAAGGUAUCCGUUUACUUUCCUUCACAUCCGAAUGUCAAGAACUUUCGUCGAUCGUCAAUCCCUUCGAAAGUUGCGUGCCACGCGAAUUACAUCAGAUAAAAAUCACAGAAUGCCAUCCCGACAUUGUCGUGAGUACGAAAUUCAAUCCCCGAUAUCCAUCGGUCGUAUCGGGAUGCCUUAGCGGGAAAAUUGUGUGGCAUCGACCGCAAUUUUAG